AAGAAAACGACAGGAUGAGCACGCGCGCGCGCUCGCCCUCGCCGCCGCUCGACGCACGUAAGCGGCCUAAAACAUUCACGGGGUGCUUCCUGUGCCGCAAGCGCAAGGUCAAGUGCGGCGAGGAGCGGCCGCAAUGCCACAACUGUACCCGCCGCCCCGGGAGAGUGUGCGCAUACCCCGACGCUGCUGUGGCGGGCGAGGCCUCCCCCUCCACUGCCGCCGCUGCUGGGCCAAGCACGCCGGCGAUCAAACUCGAAGACGACGCACCGCGGCACGCGGCGUCGACCCGCGCGCCGUACCUCUCCCAGUCGGACCAGCUGCAGAUCCGCGGGCGCAUGGUGGCGGGCCUCCUGGCGUCCGAGCUGCCUGUCGAGCUCGUCAACCCGUACGGCACACGGUCCGACAUUGCAGACACGCUCAUCGGCAAGCUUCUCGGCGCGUUCGAGUUCGCGCCCCGCGAAAUGAUCCAGUACCAUGCCCUCGUGCUCCGACGCAACUUUGACGACCUGGACGUGGACCCCGAGUCGCGGCUCGUGUGCUCGACGAUCGCGCUGUUCGCCGCUGGCGGGGUUCGCGGGCUCGAGUCGGCUGCGGCGGGGACAUCGACAACGACACACGGCCUCGCGUCCCUGCAUGACGAGUACCUCCACAAGGUGCGCGCGAAGACGCACCUCCCCGUCCCUGCGACUGGCAAGCUCGCGAGCGCGAGCGUGACCCUGUUCCUCAACCAGCUGCUCGAGCGCGUGCCGGGCAAAUGGCGCGACCAGGUGCGCGUCAACGUCGACUGGAGCAUGGCGCGCGGCGGGCCCGGCUGGAUCCUGGGCAUCACGCCCCCCAUCACGGGGUAUACGGGCGAGCGAAGGCUCGCGAGCGGCUUUGCGAGCCCGCUCGCGCUCAUGCUCUCGGCCGACUUUAACGCCAUUCUGUCCGUGUUUGCUUCGCUUAUCGACGGCUCGCUCCCGACCCACCUGACCACCACACCACAGGAGGCAUGGCCGCUCGAGGCGAGAGAGCUGCAGAUGAAGAUCGUGCCUGCUCUCCCCGACUUCUUCGAGACGAUGGUGGGCAUGCCCCGGAUUCUGUUGAUGCCGCUCGCGCGCGCCGUCGGGUUGGUGUCGAGGAGCCGUGCGGUGAAUGGCCAGGCGCUCAGCGUGAGGGAGCAGCUGGAGCACGAUGUUGCGUCGCUGCGGCUCGAGCUGGAGGCCAUCUGGCCUGCGAGACUGGCUGCGAGGCAAGACGAGAGAAGAAUACAGUACGGUGCUCGGAUAUGGCGGCUCGCUAUCCUAGUGCUGCUCGCACACCAGGCGCAGGGGUUCGCGACGACGAGCGCAGACGUGCGCGACAACGUCGGCGCAUUCAUCGAGCUGUGUACCGAGGCUGUGGCCGAUCUUGGCCACCUUUCCGGCUGGCUCUGGCCGCUGAUGAUCACGGCGUGCGCGGCAGAGGAUGCGCAUCGCGCCGCGCUUCGUGCGCUCCUUCCGCUCGCACGCAGCCCGAUCGGCGACCGCGACAACUCGGACAUUGCGAUGAGGAUCAUCGACCGAGUACAUGCCCGCCGCGAUGCGGGGGACGCAGCGUACCAUGUUCGCGAGGCACUGAGGGACGACCCGGGGGCUGACUUGGUGUUGCUGUGAUCGGGCCUAGGGGCGUCGACUGUAAAGUCAGUCGCCGGGAGAAGGACAAGCCAGCGUUACCAGACAGAGGAGGGCAAGCCCACACCCGUUGGCCCGCGGCGUGUUCGACAGAAAUCCCUCACUCUCACCACCACCUCGUAUCGUGCUUGACCGCUCAAGCGACCCGGCACUUACCCCGCAUGGCUAGGUGGGCGGCUCCACCCGCCAAGGGAGAGUGACGAGAGGUGCCACUGCGCCAAGGCCGGCCAGCCGAUCCAGACCACCCCCGGCGCGGCGCCACACGGCGCAAGCGGUGCUGAAUGCAAGGCGAUGCGACGCGCUCGGAGCGAGCAACAACGCGAACAACAACGCGUCUGUGCGCGUGCUCCUCGCGAUCGCACUCGCCAGGUGCUGCGGGCAACGGGACGCGCGCGCGGGCAACCGGUCAAUGUCCGAUGCGUUGUGUGUCGGCCUUUCCUUCACCGCAGAGCCAUAGCACGAUGCAUCCGAUGUCGCGUUCGUGCUCGCUCACCCGCGGACCCGUCCGCCGGGCGAGAGCGAGUGCGAGCGAGCGAGCCGGGGCUAUUCGUGGCGACGACGUGGACGAGGAGAUUGUCCCAUGGUCGGUCGGUCGGUCGGUCGGCCCUUGUGCAAGUACAAAGUCACCGCCGCAGUCGACGACAAUGGCCCGAGCAAGCAAGUGAGCAAGCAUGGUCGUUGUCCGUCGGUCUUGACAGUUGUUGUUCGGCGUUGCCCGCAUCGCUUGUAUGCACAUUGUACAUGCUCA